GUUUCGGAAAUGAGGAACACCACAGCCUUCCCCAAGUUAUCACUGCGUUCGGUAUCAUGUUUGCUGCAUCUGAUAGCUAUGCUGCGAUGCACGGUAUCGUUCUUGUCAACGGCUCCGGUCGCUGGUUUUCGCAGUUUGGACCGCUUUCGUGGUGUUGACGCAAGCGCGUUUCGGUCGCCAGAACCGCACGGAAGGAGGCAUUCCGGGGCCGUUCGGUUCUUUUCGAUGCGGCGGGAAAAUUCUUGGAUUUUGCUUGUGGACGACGAGGAUCCCAUCCGGAGGGCGGUCGGGCAAUUCCUCCUGGACAAGGGCUACAAGGUGACGACCUGCGCCGACGGUAGGGCCGCCCUGCAGCUGGCGCUCAGCAAGCGGAAGGAAGGGAUCGGGCCGGUACCCGAUUGCAUCAUCAGCGACAUCCGCAUGCCGGGGAUGGACGGCCUCGAGCUGCUGGGGAGCGUUCGCAACAACGCCGAGCACUCGGUACUGUCCCACGUUCCCGUCGUUCUGCUGACCGCCAGGGCGAACGUCCAGGACCGGAUCGCCGGGUACGACGCGGGAGCUGAUGCCUAUCUGACCAAGCCGUUUUCUCCGGAAGAACUAGUGGCUAUUGUCGACAACGUGAUCGAGCGGUCUGAGGACAUUUCGAUCGAACGAGAGGAACUCCACAAAACAGUUGGGAUCGAGGACCUCAAGAAGGACCUGGCCGAGAUCAAGGACCUCCUACUGAACAAGGGAGGUUGUGGAAUCGGAAACGGCUGGGUCCAGCAGACCAACGUCUUUUUGUCGAAGGACGAACGAAACGUUCUGGACCUCUUGUCGCGAGGCCUCAUCACAAAGGAGAUUGCGGCCAACACCCACUUAUCCCCGCGACGGAUUGAGCAGCUCUUGACGGGCAUGUUUCGCAAGACGGGGGUGAAGAACCGAACAGAGCUGGUCCGGUGGGGCGUCUCUACGGGCAACGUCGAGUAGGCGUGCGCAUUACACAUACU